AUGGCCACUUUAUUCGUACCAUCGCCACACGCGUUGAAUGCAAUGACAACCCGAAGAGCCCCCCUGGCAAACGUCCCCAAUGCUACCAACUCCCCUCACCGUGCCGUUUCCGCGGCUGCAACCAUGAAGCGUGGCCGGCCCCCCGGGCUGCCGUGGGACUCUGCUCCGCCGCCGUUGAAGAAACAGGCGCUCGAUGCUGAAAAUACGGACGCGCGAACCCCCCAGAGGACCCUGAACCAGCCGCAGACGGGCGAGUCGAAGCUCUUUACACGCCGGACGAACACCCAACCCACCGCGUUCGAGAGGAAACUGGCUGCUGCCAGAGAUAAGCCGAAACAGCCCACUACGCUGAAAGUGAGCAGGAAUAUCAAGUACUGUCCUGAAUCUGUCGAGAGUGUUCGCCAGUGGCAGAGACAUUAUCGAAAAGUCUUUCCUACCUAUGUCUUUUACUUUGAGAGCAUCCCUGACGAAACCAGGAAGAAAUAUGUCAGGCAGAUCAUGUCUCUCGGGGCUACCGAGGAAAAGUUCUUUUCUCGAGUAGUCACCCAUGUCGUUACUUCUCGGUCUAUCCCGCCCGAGGUCGACUCGGAAAAGCCUACGGAGGCCAACCAGGCCGCAUCCCCCGUUGCAGGCAACUUUGAGGGCUCACUCCAGACGGUGAACCCGUCGCUGCUGGAGAAGGGUGCAGACGCGGCCCAGUCGCAGCUGGGAAGGACACGAUCGAGGACGGGGUUUGGGACGAUCGAGCCGGAAGCUAAGAAAAGCGUGGGUGGCAGCGGGGAUCUGCUUCAUCGGGCUCGUCAGAUGAAUAUGAAGAUAUGGACCUUAGACAAGCUUCAGCGGGUUAUCUUUACUAUGAACGACAAGGAGCUUGCCCAUAUACUCCAGCCCAGCCGCAUUGGUAGUGCUGCCGUAAAAACCAAGGCCGAAAAUGACCUCUCCUUGGCCCUCCAGCAUGAGAAACUCCAUGCUCCUGCCGACUCGGAUACCCUAACAUUAAGUAAGGGCCUGGUCCCAUUCAAAGGCCCGUACCUGUAUAUCUGGGAUUAUGAAAGGGAAACCCGCCCGGUCGUGGUUCGGGAGUACCCGAAGGUCAGCAGAAAGCAGGAUGGAGCCUGGCCACAGUUCCGCGGCGCAGAUCUGGGGAAAUGCCCCUUUGUCGAUGCUCCGGCCAACAGGAGAACCGAUAAGGAUAAAUCGAAGCAGCAACAAGCCAAAAUUAAUACCCAAACUACCCUGGUAUCAAAAUCAAUGGCGCCUCCUGCCAGAGGGCCAAGCAAAUUAAUAAACCAACAAUCUACUAACCAAGACGACACCGAAUCCGCAGUCGAGGAGUCUGCAGGCAAGCCGUUCGAGCCCAUGGAGACUACCGUUGUAGUACCCAGGCCGGUGUCGAAGGGCUCCCUCUCAGCUUCCUCCUUACCCUUUAAAUUCGGAGGCGAACUAGCUGCCUCUGGAAUCCAGCCAUCAAACAUCACAUCCGCCAUCCGCUCACAGAUGAUAUCCUCGACAGCAGCCGUGCAGGGCGCGAAAGCUGGCACCAGCAAAGAAGUGCACGAGCUGAAAAGAAAAGUACUAGAGAAAAGCAGUGGCAUCGUGUCCACAAACAUCUCAUCGUCAUACAGAGCCGAAGCAGCGGCCGUAUCACAGCCCGCUAGGAUACCGAUCGCCCGGGCAGCCAAGCUAAAGGCGCAGAUGAAUGACGACGGUAACAUGCAACCUACAGAGCAGAACAGGCGGACCAGCGACGUACCCCCCAGGAAACACAGCGGUCUAAGAAAGCAACAAGCCGCCAGCAAAAAGCGGGAGCCUAAACCAGGCUACUGCGAGAAUUGCAGGGAAAAAUUUGAGGAUUUUGACGACCAUGUCGAGACAAGGAAACACCAAAAGUUUGCUAAUAAUCAGGCCAACUUCUUUGAGAUAGAUGACUUCAUCAUGGGCCUGAAUAACGAAGACGGUUGCCGGUAUUCAUAA